AUGUUUCCGCUGCCACCUCCCUCAUUUUCUCCUCCCUCAAAACCCCCCACCGCACACUCUUCUUUCUCCUCCAUUCAGGGAGAAUCCCAACACAAUACUUUCGACCCAAAAACAAAUCAUUAACAAUUUUGAGGGAGAGAGAAUCAGGGCCCUGAUUGGGGUUUUCGGGAACCCCCAAUUCCCUCUUCUGCAAAUCCCUUUUGAGAAGCCCUGAAUUUUUCUCUCUCGAAAAUGCCUUCGCAGCCCUCGGAAAUCCACUCACCGGACGCGGACGAUAUUAACGAGGCCGCAUUUGCGAAGCGAGGAUGUUGUUUCUGGAUUCCGUGCUUCAAUUCCAACCCUUCCCCGGCUGUUGGAUCGAUAUGGUGGGAGCGGAUCGGGAAUGCUGAAAACAACCCCGCCACGAGUAAUCAGGAGUCGUGGUUGGUCCGAGGAUGGAAUCGUGUUCGGGAAUGGUCUGAAUUGGUCGCCGGUCCGAAAUGGAAGACUUUCAUCCGCCGGUUCAAUAAGAACAACCGGAAUGGGAACCACGGGUUUGGGAGGCAGGGGAAGUUCAAGUAUGACCCUUCGAGUUACGCGCUUAAUUUCGACGAAGGUCCAGGGCAGAAUGCUCAUUUGGAUGACGAUAUUAUUCAUCGUGAUUUCUCGGCGAGAUACGCGUUCCUCGGGAUGCCUUCCUCGACCAAGUCGUCCAUGGAUCUCGGCAAGGAUGCGCCGUUAUUCACGUGAAACUAUAGCCCGCACUAUAUGUCUCUUC